AUGCGCCCCACCGAGCCCUGGAGCCCCAGCCCGGGGACGGCGUCCUGGGACUACUCGGGCUCGGGCGCCCUGGAGGAGCUGCAGCCGUGCCCGUCCCCGGACCUGCCCUACGGCUACGCCUACAUCCCCGCGCUCUACCUGGCGGCCUUCGCCGUGGGCCUGCUGGGCAACGCCUUCGUGCUGUGGCUGCUGGCCGGGCGGCGCGGGCCGCGGCGGCUGGUGGACACCUUCGUGCUGCACCUGGCCGCCGCCGACCUGGGCCUGGUGCUCACGCUGCCGCUGUGGGCGGCGGCGGCGGCGCGCGGCGGCCGCUGGCCCUUCGGCGACGGCCUGUGCAAGCUGGGCAGCUUCCUGCUGGCCGGCACGCGCUGCGCGGGCGCGCUGCUGCUGGCGGGCGCGAGCGUCGACCGCUACCUGGCCGUGGUCAAGCUGCGGGCGGCGCGGCCGCUGCGCACCCCGCGCUGCGCGCUGGCCGCCUGCUGCGGCGUCUGGGCCGCGGCGCUGCUGGCCGGCCUGCCCUCGCUGGUCUACCGGGGGCUGCAGCCCGUGCCCGGGGGCCGCGGCAGCCAGUGCGGCGAGGAGCCCGGCGACGCGCUCCAGGGCCUCGGCCUGCUGCUGCUGCUGCUCACCUUCGUGCUGCCCCUGGGGGUCACCCUGUUCUGCUACUGCCGCAUCUCGCGCCGCCUGCGCCGGCCGCCGCGCGUGGGCCGGGCCCGGAGCCGCUCGCUGCGCAUCGUGUUCGCCAUCGAGGGCGCCUUCGUGGGCUGCUGGCUGCCCUACAGCGCCCUGCGCGCCGUCUUCCACCUGGCGCGGCUGCGGGCGCUGCCGCUGUCCUGCGCCCUGCUGCGGGCGCUGCGCUGGGGCCUGGCCGUCGCCACCUGCCUGGCCUUCGUCAACAGCUGCGCCAACCCGGUCAUCUACCUGCUGCUCGACCGCUCGUUCCGCGCGCGGGCCCGACACUGGGUCUGCGCGCGCGCCGGCCGCCAGGAGCGCAGGAUCAGCUCGGCCACGUCGCUCCGCAGGGACCACAGCGCGGUGCUCCGGGGCCGGGCCCAGGCGGCGGGCGCGUCCUCGGCCGAAGGUCCCACGCGACAGAGCAGACAGCAGCCCGGGGACCCACAGGCUCGCCGCGUGAAGAGGAGGGAAGCGCGUUCCCGUCCCUGCCCCUCUGGAGCAGCACCGGCCAGAAGAUCCCGCCCGGACCCCCGGAGGCCGCUCUCCACUCUGGUCCCUUCAACAGCUUUUGCCUUCCCAGAAACGCCUUCUCCAAGUCGGACGCUCUGGCCCUGUCACUCUCCAAAAAAUCCUGCGACACGUGGGACCCGCCAGCCCUGUGGAUUCAGCCACCUGCGCACCAGCGUCAGCUGUGUCAUUAGUCAUCGUGGGCUCAGAUUGUCAAGGAUCAGCCAAGCCACGGAACCGGCCCCCGUGCGAGCUGCCCGGCCUGUUGGUCCCGACUGGUCCCCCGGAGGUGAUAGGCCUGCCCCGGUUUCUAUCUGGGGGCCCUGCUCCCUGCUCCGGGAAGCGAAGGGCUCACCCCGGAAGUUGUUGCGGCCCUGCCCCCCGGACAGCGGGUUCCGGUCUCUCACCAGGCGUUCAGAUUCUUCAUGGCUCCGCCAGGGACCCCAGAAUCUUCCAUGUGAGUUCACCUUUCUCAAUAAACGCUUCCGCUUGCCUUGGCUUGACAACCGUGUCUUUCCUUCAGCGGAGGGAAUGAAAUGCGUGUCGGGAGGCGGGUUGCACGCUGGGUCAGACACAACCAACGCCGCAGCUGACGACGACCCCAAGACGAUGAGGGUCUGGUGUGACGGCAGGGACCCUGAGAGCUAG